AUACGACGUUUUAAUCAGCUGGGGGAUCUGGGAUCUUGUGAUAAACUUCUAUCUUUAAAUAAAUCCUAGGCGCGUCUUACUUCUUAUCUUAUUUUCCUUGUACCUAAUUUUUGGUUAUUUGUAUCAAUUCGUCUUUUUGAGUCGGUUUUUUGGAUGAGGAAUUGUGAGAGUUAUUUUUGAAGUAUAUUGUAUGACGUUACAAUUGAGAUUGUGAGUGGGAAAAUAUAGUGGAAGAUGGGAUCGGAUGGAACCGAAGAAGUGGCGUACGCCACUGAUGAGGCCGGACGUGAUGGCGAGUCCGAGCCGAAGGGGAUUCAUCGCAGCGCGUCUAAUCAGAUCGGGGAGAUGAAUCUUGAGAGCGGGCAUCAGCUGAAGCGAGGAUUGAAGAGUCGACAUAUUCAGUUCCUUGCGUUGGGAGGCGCUAUCGGAACUGGUCUAUUCAUCGGCUCGGGCCAAAUCCUCGCGACUACGGGCCCGGCACCGCUAUUUAUGGCGUACUUAUCUAUGAUGAUGGUGGUAUGGGUAAUCAUGAACAACUUGGCUGAGAUGGUGACAUUCCUUCCGAUGAAAGGCAUAUCGAUUCCAUACUUCGUCGGCCGCUUUGUGGAACCUAGUCUCUCAUUCGCCGAUGGCUGGAAUUACUGGUACGCCUAUGCUAUGCUGACUGCCGCGGAAUGCACGGCCGGCGCCAUCAUCAUCCAAUACUGGACGCACUCCGUUCCCGUCGCCGUCUGGAUCGCCAUUCAACUUCUCGUCGUGUUAUUCCUAAACAUUAUCGCGGUGUCUUUCUUCGGUGAAGCCGAGUUCUGGUUCGCAAGUGUCAAGCUUAUAACCAUCAUCGGUUUAAUCAUUUUAGGCAUAGUCCUAUUUUUCGGAGGUGGUCCGAAUCAUGAUCCGUUGUAUUUCCGGUACUGGGGAGAACCGUGGGGUGCUUUCGUCCCGUAUCUAGUCCCUGGAAGUACCGGUCGCUUCCUCGCGUACUGGACUGCAUUUGUCCGCGCCGGUUUCUCCUUCGUCACGUCCCCGGAACUCAUCGCGCUUUCCGCGGGAGAGACUGUCGCUCCCCGUCGCAAUAUUCCGAAAGCCGCGCGCCGUUUUGUGUGGCGAUUGGCUAUCUUCUACGGUCUCGGAUCCCUUGUCAUCGGCGUUAUCGUGCCAAACACCAACGGGGAUCUCAAUGGCGACUCCAAUGCAUCUGCAAGUCCGUACGUCAUCGGUAUCGCAUUAGCUGGUAUCCGGGGUCUCGAUCACGUCAUCAACGCUGCGGUCUUAACCUCUGCGUGGUCUGCCGCUAACGCGUUCACUUAUUCCGGGUCUCGUGUGCUGUACUCCAUGGCCAUCAACGGACAAGCGCCACGUAUCUUUGGACUUACCACCCGUCGCGGUGUACCGUAUGUUGCUGUUGGGUUCACUUUGCUCAUCGCAUGUCUCGCUUUCCUCAAUGUUUCGAACUCUGGUGCGGUAGUUUUCCAAUGGUUCACCAACAUCUCCACGAUCUCGGGAUUUAUCGCGUGGAUCGUGAUAUGCAUCACAUACCUGCGCUUCCGAAAAUCUAUGGAAUACCAUGGCCUUCUAAACGAUCUCCCGUUCAGAACGCCUCUUCAGCCAUACGCUACAUACGCCGUGCUGUUUAUCCUGGUUAUCCUCACACUUACAAAUGGGUUCCAAGUUUUCUUUCCUACACAUUGGAGUGCGGCAAGUUUCCUGGCUGCGUAUAUUACAAUUCCGAUUUUUCUGGUGCUGUAUGUCGGGCAUAAAGUCUGGUAUAGAACUCCGUUUGCGAUUAAAGUAGAGCAGGUGGAUGUUUGGACUGGGAAGAAGGAGAUGGAUGAUAUGAGUGCGGCGGAGACGGAUCCGGUGCCUAGGAAUUGGGUGCAGAAGGCUUGGUUUUGGCUUGCUUGAUAUCUUUUUUCUUGCUGUUUUGCUUCUUGUAUGAAAAUGGGGCAAUGUUGAAGAUAAAUGUGGUGUAUACGAUGUGAUGUGGAGAUGAGACGUUCUUGGAUUGAUACCCCUUGAAGAUGACAGAAGUUCGAUAUUCAAGAAAUUCAAACCUAUAGAUACUUAACAAUGAAUAGAUACACGAAGUUUGAAAAUUCUCUCUAGCUGUGUAUUGUGUAGCCCCCGA